AGUAAUAUUUACAUAUAUAUAGAGAGAGAUAGAGGGCUGGGGUAGUAAUCAAAUUUGCUGAUGCUAGAAAUGAGAGCUUCAAAUACUAUGGAUCUUUGGAAUUCUAGCAAUGUCAGCUUCCAAUACAAUUCACCUACCAUUUGCAGCUGCAGUUGCUUCUACUCACCGCCUGCAUCUGUGUCUUCCUCUUCCUUCUUUUUGGGAAGUUCUCACUCAAUCAAAAUGGCAUCAUUCAACCCUUGUAUCCCCAUUCAAUUUCCAAGCUCCGAGCGCUUGAUUCUUGAAUUUCUUUGAUCAACUUUACUAUUUUAAAAAAGGUUUCUGGUUAUUCUUGCUGAUUUCAUGCUGUUUUGGGGGUCACAUUAAUUACAGCUGGUGCCGGUCGAGCCCAAUUUCAGCAACCAUAUUUGUUGUUUUCUGAAAAGUUGGGUUCUUUUUUUCACUCAAUUUUCAAGAAAACCUUGCCUUUUUACAAAGACCCUUUUGUGGAAUUUCUUGAAAGAUCAUUUUUUUUCUAUAAUCUCACUCUGAAAAUUUUGAAAAUGCUGCGUGUUUCCAUGGCUACGCAUCUGUUCAUGUUGGGGAACUAUGGAAGGUGUAAUUUUGAUCUUGGUGGAUGUUGGAGUGGUUAUGGGAAAGAAAAGAUGAGCCAUGCCCGUGCAUUGUCUACGGCUACUGGAAAUGCUGCGUCCAAGAAGACGAGGUUGAGCAUUUCACCUCUAGCUUCUUCUGCUCUGGCAGAGUCCCGUAAUUCGUCUGCAGCCAACUUCUACAAAGAGGUUCUUGAAGCUGCUAGAGAUAAAUUUACACGUGAGAUCUCUUUUCAGUCUAAAGACAAAGAUAUCUCGCUUGCAAAGGCGUUGCUUUAUGUUGGGGCUGAGGAUGAGGCAUUUUUGGCGUUCAAUCGUGAGAUUGACAUCUGUUCCGCCCACAAUGAAAGGAGAGAUACGUCACUGCUUUGUGACGGUAAAGGGAGGGAAAACGUGGAGGCUAUGUCAAUGGCUGAUAAGAAUAUAAAUGAGUGGUUGGCGGAGCUGGAUGCCAUUUCAAGAGGAUGUCAUUUGGCUGAAGUUCUGGAAGCAGUGAACAAAGUCCUUUUUGAGUCGAGAAGUUUUAGAAGGUCACCUGUCAUCGUGGAUCCAAAGUGUUCGUAUUUGCACUCUGCUUUAAGCUCUGGGUGUGCCAGUGGAGCUAUUCAAGAUAACUUCCGGGCACAGCUUGUUUGGGGUCGUCAACGGGAAGUGUGUGGAGGAUCCACGAUCUAAGGCCUCGACAUAAACAGCCACUCACUUUUAGGGCUAGAGAUUGCAACAAACCGAGAUAUAAUUGGGAUUGCUUUGGCGAAUUUGAUUAGGCUUUACUGGAAACGUGCUUCAAGAAUGAACCACGGGCUGAUGUUGACUUCUCCGCUGAGAUCAGUUCAUAAAUCCGAGGAGAAGUUCAACCAAGAUGGUAGUCCAGAAAUGCCUUUGUUGCGGCCUCAGGAACUAAGGCUCGCCAUCAUGGCUUCAGAGAGAUUGCUAAUCCUUCAGCCGCACAACUGGUGUUUGAGAAGAGAUUACGGGAUGCUGCUGUACUAUAAAAGGUAAGACAACGCGGAUUUUCUUUGUCUAGUCGUGACUAGCAGUAGUCUGAGCUCGUUCUCUGCUAAAAUGAGGUUGACACUUAA